AUGCUAACCGUUACUUGGUCUUCUUUUCCUCCAGGUGAAUUUCCUUAUCAGGUCGCUUUGAAAAUCAACAACGGACCACGACAGCAUUUAUUCUGUGGUGGCACGCUUAUUUCUAGAACUUGGGUGAUCACUGCGGCUCAUUGCCUUGAGUGGAUGGAUGGGAAAUACGAAAAUGUCCGGGUUAUACUGGGAGAACACGAUUUGAUGAAUGAGAAAGAGCUCACGGAGCAGGAUUUUGGUAUCAAAGCCGUCGUACUGCACGAGGAAUAUGACAAAUGGAAGCUUUGGUACGAUAUUGCGCUAAUUUUGCUUGACGGGGUGGCUGAGUUUAGCGAAAACGUUCGACCCAUCAAUCUUCCGAAGCGUCUCGAGACAGAGUCUAUUGGUAACGCGACGAUUUCGGGCUGGGGAGCCACGCGGGAAGGUGGAGCUGCAUCUGAAGUUCUCAUGAAAGCGUAUGUGCCGAUCGUUCCGGAUGAUCGUUGUCGAUCGGAUUACGAGGACGUGGAGGGGGCCGAGAUCAUUGCAUCGCACAUUUGUGCCGGGCACGAACGCGGAGGGAUCGACUCGUGUCAGGGUGACUCUGGGGGACCCAUGGUGUGCACGGAACGAGUGCUGCAAUCUGGACGCCGCUUUUUCCGCGUGCUGACGAAUGGCGAUGAGACUGAGGAAAAUGAUCGUCCAAAUCAGUUGUCGAAGAACCGAUGGAAUCUUACUUUUGGUUCCAAGGAAGUGCCGGUGGUUGGCAAAAAGGAAGAAGGUGAAGUGGAACCCGUGGAAACUGGGCCAUACUUGUGUGGGGUUGUUUCUUUCGGUGCCGGUUGUGGCCGACCUGGACACCCUGGAGUUUACACGCAGGUCUCGUACUUCCUGCCAUGGCUCAAAAAGAGUAUCGCUUCAUUCACCGAUCAUCAAGACGGGCAUGAAGAGAGUAACAUGGCAACACUGCCGACGAAAGAUUUUUAUCCUUUCAUGGGCAUGGUGAGCUAUAUUCCGAUCGACUUGCUUUCGCGGAAAGACCCUGUGUCGUGUGUGGGAACGCUUUUGGCGGAGAAUCUUGUGCUAACCUCGGCCGAUUGCAUCACUCCGUUCAUUGAGGACAACGAAGGAAAUUCAUUCUGGGUUGGCUUCGGGAAGCACGUCGUCCCGGGAAGCAAACAUUUCCAACGGAUCCCAGUUUCGGAUUGGUUUGGCUUCCGUCCUGAUCGUUUUCUGCGCGACAUUGCUGAUGGAGGAUCUGGGGAUGAUUCGAGCUCCUCCAAGGCCUCACAAUCGAAUUCUGCGAACAAAGCCCUUGUUUUGGAACUAGCAUGGGGUUUAGUUUAUGACAACGACGCGUACCCGGUGAAUCUGCCGAUGAUGAAUAAUUUCACCGGAAUGAGAGCACAAUUGGUGUCGUUGACGCACAAGAAAGACAAGUACUUCUUCCGGCUGAAAAUGAAACCUAGAGUCGGCGAGUUUGAGCUUACGGAUCUCAGUGCUUGUGGAGAAGAUAGUCUUCGCGUUUACAAUCUUGAUCCGCAAGAUGCUCUUUGCGGAAGAAUGAUUUCCGGAACACGGAAAUGCCUUGAUUUCGCUGCGGGAAGUGCAUUGAUCUGCCACACGAACAUCGAUCGGGAAAACGGAACUAGUGAUUCAUUCAUUUGUGGUAUGUUGGCGAGGCCGAUCGAU